UUAUUAUAUGUCAAUCAUGAAAUCUAUAAGCAAUAAUUAAGUGCCUGUGUAUCAUCCAUCACACUCCGCCAGAGUAUCAAAGCUCUUCUCUUCCCCGAAAGCAAGUGUCAGGACAUCCCCAUCGUCCCAACGCCUUUUCAAAUCUCGUUAUGAGUUCCCAACGGCAAUUCCAAACGAACUCUGAAAGUAUGAAAAAAUUAAAAUAAAUAAAUAAAACCCAAAAAUUCCGUCUUCUUCCUCUCAUCAGAUCGGAAGAACCGAACCCUAGAAAAAUUGCCAAAUGCAUUUCCUCCAACGAGAGAGAGAGAAACAGAAACCCUAGAAAAACCGGUUCUUGAUGAAGCAGAAGAUCCGAUGGCAGAGGAUUCUCAUCCUCCUCCUUCUUUCCAUCACUUUCGUCUCUCCUAUCCUCUAUCUCCCCCGAAAAGUCGCGAAUUUCACUUCUUCUUAUGCGCAUGAGGAAUUUAUUGAAGAUGUUUCCAGCAUUAAAUAUGCAACCGAUACUCUGAAACUCAACGUAAUCCAACAGGAAAUAGAUGAAGGUUUGAAAGAGCCAGCAGGAAUUGUUUAUAAAGACAGGGAUUAUAAUUCAGUAGUUAGUGGGAAUUCUUCUCAUAAUGAUUUUGUGAUCAAGGACAGUGAGAAUGCCAAAGAGAGAGUUAGUUCAGGGUUUGGUACUGUCAGAAGGGAAGGAAAUCAACCCAGAACUAUUUCAAUUCCUUUGGGAAGAAAGUGGCAAUCUAACCAAGCAACCGCUAGAGCAGAACCAAGCAAACCCUCCUCCCAGUCUCGGAAAGUAACUGUUAAGAAGAUAAGAGAGAUGAAAGAUCAGCUGAUCACGGCGAAGGCGUACUUGAAUUUUGCACCACCAAAAAGCAACCCCCACUUGGUAAGAGAUCUGAAACAGCGGUUAAAAGACGUAGAACGAGCAAUUGGUGAAGCUACAAGGGACUCACAUAUGUCUAAGAGUUCUCUGCAGAGGAUGAGAUCCAUGGAGGUUGCAUUGUCCAAAGCCAGCCGAGUUUUCUCUGACUGCUCUCCAGUGGCAAUGAAGCUCCGUGCUAUGACUAAAAAUGCUCAAGAACAGCUCCAGGCACAGAAGAGUCAGGCAGCUUAUCUCAAUCAACUUGCUGCAAGGACAUUCCCUAAAGGUCUUCACUGCUUGUCCAUGCUGCUCACUGCCGACUACUACUCUCUACAGCCCGAGGAGCGGGAGCUUCCCAAUAGACAGAAAUUUCAGCAGCCAGGUCUCUACCAUUAUGCUGUCUUCUCUGACAAUGUCCUUGCGUGUGCUGUGGUUGUUAACUCUACCAUCUCCACAUCGAUGGAGCCAGAGAAGAUAGUCUUUCAUGUGGUAACUGAUUCUCUCAACCUCCCAUCAAUGAUGAUGUGGUUCUUGGCCAACCCACCUGGUGAAGCUGCGAUCCAAGUUGAAUGUAUGGAUGAUUUUAAAUGGCUGUCUUCCAAUUUCCACUCAAUGUCAAAGCAGCCAAACUCCAAGGACCCACGAUACACUUCCACAUUGAACCACCUUCGCUUCCAUCUUCCACAAGUUUUUCCUAUGUUGGAUAAGGUUGUGCUCCUUGAUCAUGAUGUGGCAGUGCAAAGGGAUCUAAGGGGAUUGUGGAUCGUCGAUAUGAAGGGAAAAGUUAAUGGAGCAGUCGAGACUUGUGGGGACAAUGAUACAUUUCAUCGGAUGGAUAAGUUUCUUGAUUUUUCCGAUCCAGCUAUCUCAAAGACAUUUGAUGUCAACGCGUGCACAUGGGCAUUUGGGAUGAACGUGUUUGAUCUACAAGAGUGGAGGAGACGAGAUCUGACGGCCAUCUACCAUAAAUGGUUUCAAUUGGGAAAAAUGAGGCAACUGUGGAAGGAUGAGAGGUUGCCAUUGGGUCUGGUCACCUUCUAUAACCUGACUGUAGCUCUAGACCGAAGGUGGCAUGUCCAUGGGCUUGGUUACGAGUCGGGCAAGAGUCAGGGAGAGAUUGAGAUUGCAGCGGUCAUCCACUAUGACGGAAGCAUGAAACCUUGGCUGGAUAUUGGGAUCGCAGAGUAUAAGGGCUACUGGAAAAGGCACGUCCAGUCCGAUCAUCCUUACUUGCAACGGUGCAACAUCCAUCAGUAGUUGCAACUGCAGUAACUACCUCCCACUUCCCAUGCAACUGUAUGUAUUUAAAUUAUAUAUUUUUUCAAUAUUUCUCAUGUAAAUAUUCCUCUGUUUUCUUUUUUUCGCUCUUUCCAGCCAUAAUCUUCUGAGCUGAGUCGAUUUAUUUAAUAAAAUGGAGAUGGAACAAGAGAGUUGUAAUGUCAGCAGCAUUGAUUAUUUAUUUUAUUUUUUUGUAGAAUGAUCUGUUACAUGACUUUGUGGUUUCAAACGCAUCCCAAUCGUUCAAUUGGACUGAGCAGAUGGUAAUUUUCCAUGUUUCAUUUCUAGCAGAUAGUCUACACAUCGAGUUCUUUAUAUUUCUGGUGGGCCAUUAGAUUCAUUCACAAGUUUGGUAGAUGCCCAAACUGGGGCUCAUUUGGAAUUAAAUCUGAUCGUCCCUAAGCCAUUUGAGAACGUCAUCUACUGAUCACUUGAAACAUCAUUCACUGAUGUACCAAAUCAAUGGAAAGAUCAUUGCCUUACAUGAAU